AUGAGUGAACCACCUGCGUAUUUAGCUAUCCGAUUCGAUAAAGAUGAAGCACUUCAAAAUUUAAUAAGUGCUGGUCUGGAUAUCAACACUAAACUCGAAAUUUUAAAUGGACCAACAAUUUUAUUUGAUCAUCCACCUUUAAUUUCAGUUGCCUGCUAUUUUGGAUCACUUAAGUGCUUCAACUCUUUAAAUAUCAUGGGUGCUGAUAUCCAACUUCCAGAUGAUUGUGGAAGAAAACCGGUUCAUUUUUCCGCAUGUUCCAAAAAUUCAUCAAUCAUUAAUUUCAUAAGUGACCUCACUAAUAUUGAUUAUGCUGUUGAUAAUGAGCAUUGGCUUCCAGCUCACUAUGCUGCCCAUUAUGGAAGGACAGAGAUUCUCCAAUGGCUGAUGAUUUGUGGUCAUGAUUUAUUGAGUCCAGACAAUCAAGGAAGAUAUCCACUUCAUCAUGCUUGUAUUUCUGGAUCCGUCGAAUGCCUGAGAACUUUGUUAAUAAAUAAUUGUGAUAUUCAACAAACAGAUGUUGAUGAUUGUUCAGCUCUUUAUUUUGCAGCUCAAAGUGGAAGUGUAGAAUGUUGUAAAUUGCUUAUAGAAGCCGGUGCAGAAAUUGAUGAGAAAAAUAUUGAUGGAAAUACUCCUUUGCACCGUGCUGCAAGUUUAGGAAACACUGAAGUUGUUGAGUACUUGAUUAGUAAAAGUUGCAAAAUUAAUCUAUUGAAUAAUAAUGGAAUGUCUCCAGCUCAUCUUGCAGAAGAAAAUGAUCAAUCAGAUAUCGUCAAAAUUCUUGUGUCAAAUGGUUGCGAUUGUGACAUCAAAAAUUCAAGAGGUAAAUCAUUAUUAGAAUUGAUUGUUGCUCAAAAAGAUAUGAUAUGUCUAAAAGAAGCUGUUUAUUGUGCAACUAAAAACGAAACAAUAACAAAUGCUGCUUUUGUAGCUGCUUCAAUGGGAGAAGCAGAAUUUCUUGCUGUUUUGGUUGAAGUUGGUGUUAACUAUAAGGCAACAACUGGUCCGGGCUUGUCUUUACUCCAUGUAUCUGUAUUGUCUGGUUCAAAUAGCUGUGUAAUUCUUUCUUUGAACGCUGGUUGUCAGGUGAAUGUUGUUGAUAAUCAAGGAAGAACUCCAUUAAUCAUUGCUGCUGCCCAAGCACCAAUAAAUGUUGUUCGAACACUUGUUGAUGAAGGAUCGAAGCUUGGGGCACAAGAUAAAUGCGGAAUGACAGCUUUGCACCAUGCAGUAAUUAGAGGAGAUCUAGAAGUCAUAUCUUACCUUCUCCAAUAUGGAUCAAAUAUCAGAACUACUGAUAAUUUUGGAAGAUCGCCCUUGCAUUACAGCUUGAAGAAUAGAGUCAUAUAUGAAUUCUUAUUAUCAAAAGGUGCAAACCCGAAUCAACUAGAUGUCAAUAAUGAGCCUGCGAAAUAG